AUGCAACGAGAUUCGCUUCAAUACUAUCAUAAAUUCAACUAUGACCAGAUUAUUCUUUUUGGCGAUUCCAUCAUAGAAAAGUCGAUCGCGGAUGGCGACAAGAUACCGAUGACUUCUUGGCUGCAGAACGGUAUGACCUUGAUCCCCCACACAACGUGGAUCCGGGCAAUGGGGAUUGUUAACAAGCAACAAGAAUAUCUAGGUCGACGGGAUAUCAUCAAUCGCGGCUUCAGUGGCUACAACUCAUCUCAAGCACUAAAAGUACUCCCACAUAUACUUCCCGACCGUGCUUCAUUUAUCCAGGUGAAAAUCAUGGUCAUUUUGUUCGGGGCCAACGACGCAGGUUAUGGAAUACGCAAGAACGGUCCCAACCCUCAUGUUCCCCUCGAUCGAUACAAAGACAACAUGGCCAACAUCAUCAAUUACGUCAAGAAUCACUGCUCUCGAAUCAUUCUAGUCACUCCACCACCAGUAGAGGAAAGACUCAUGGCUGCUAGGGUCAAAGAAAUCGACUUUGAGGAUAUGAUGUGGACGAAUGAUCAUACCAGCACCUAUGCGGAAGCGAUUCGAGAGCUUUCUAGAAACCAUAGUGUUCCGUAUCUUGACCUGUUUCAAGAUCUAAGUUCCGCCGUCGGCUGGAAACCAGGAAGCCCUAUCCCAGGAUCGGCUAGUGAGCCAGAAAACCCCGAUUUCAGGAAGUUAAUCAUUGAUGGAAUUCAUCUUGGCGGACCGGCGUAUGCGAUAUUUCAAAAUGGACUGAUGGAUGUGAUUCGGAAGAAUUGGCCGGAUCAGAUGCCAGAACGCCUGGAGCCCGUUUUCCCAAUCUGGGACGACGGCGAUGCAUGGAGGGCCCUUUGA